AUGGAGCUGAAGCACUAUGUUUCCUUACUCGUCGGCUUACAAGCCAUCGGCUUGGGGGCCGCCUAUUACUGCCCAACGGAAUGCACUUGCUCCAAAACUUCCCAAGUGGAAUGUACUGGAGCCAGAAUUAUACAAGUUCCCUCCCCUCUGCCAUGGAAUGCCAUGAGCCUGCAGAUUCUCAACACGCACAUCACCGAGCUAACAGAGUCCCCUUUCCUGAACAUCUCGGCCCUCAUCGCCCUGCGGAUCGAGAAGAAUGAGCUGUCGCAGAUCAUGCCGGGGGCCUUCCGCAACUUGGGCUCUCUGAGGUACCUCAGCCUCUCCAACAACAAGCUCCAGAUGCUCCCCAACGGCCUCUUCCAAAACCUGGGGAACCUGGAGUCCCUCCUGCUCUCAAGCAACCAGCUCCUGCAGAUCCACCCCACCCAGUUUUCUCAUUUUAGCAACCUCAAGGAGCUCCAGCUCCAUGGCAACAACCUGGAGUACAUUCCCGACGGGGUCUUCGACCACUGCGGUGGGCUCACCAAGCUGAACCUGGGGAAGAACAGCCUCUCUCACCUGUCUCCCAGAGUCUUCCAGCAUCUCGGCAAACUCCAGGUCCUCCGCCUGUAUGAGAACAGGAUCACCGAGAUCCCCAUGGGGAUGUUCGAUGGGCUGGGAGACCUCCAGGAGCUAGCGCUCCAGCAGAAUCAGCUCGGGCAGCUCUCCCCCGGCCUCUUCCACAACAACCGGAACUUACAAAGGCUCUAUCUGUCCAACAACCAAAUCUCCUCCCUACCCCAGGGAAUCUUCCUGAACCUCCCGGAGCUCAACAGGCUGACCCUCUUUGGGAACUCCCUGAAGGAGAUCGGGCCGGGGGUGUUCGGGCCCAUGCACAACCUCCGGGAGCUGUGGCUGUACGACAACCACAUCUCGUCCAUCCCGGACAACGCCUUCAGCAGCCUGUCCCAGCUGCAGGUGCUGAUCCUCAGCCGGAACCAGAUCAGCUUCAUCUCGCCGGGGGCUUUCAACGGCCUGUCGGAGCUCCGGGAGCUCUCCCUCCACACCAACGCGCUCCAGAAUCUGGAUGGAGGCGUCUUCCGCAUGUUGACCAACCUUCAAAACAUCUCCCUGCAGAACAACAGGCUGCGGUUCCUUCCCGGGAACCUGUUUGCCAAUAUCAACGGCCUCUUGACCCUCCAGCUGCAGAACAACCAGUUGGAGAACCUCCCACUGGGCAUGUUCGACAACCUGAGCCACCUGACUGAAAUCCGGUUGUACGACAACCCCUGGAGGUGCGACUCGGGCAUCAUUCCUCUGAGGAACUGGCUCAUGGUCAACAGGCUCAGGCUGGGGACCGAAGACCUCCCGGUCUGCUACAGCCCGGCUACGGCCAGGGGCCAGUCCAUCAUCAUCAUCAACGUGGAGAUGAUUGUGCCCAGCACCCCCGGCAGCACGGUCCUCACCGACACGCCCAAGUAUCCCGACACAACGGCCGUCUCCUACACGACGCAGUUCACGACUGUUUCGGAGGCCGAGACGGACCUGACCACCAUCUACACGACCGGGGAUCGCGGGGCUUGGGGCAUGACCCGGGCUCAGAGCGGGUUGGCGAUUGCUGCCAUCGUCAUUGGGUGCAUUGCCCUGGCCUGCUCCCUGGCAGCCUGUAUCUGCUGCUUUUGCUGCAAGAAGAGGAGCCACGCCGUCCUGAUGCAAAUGAAGGGACCAAACGAAUGUUAG